AUGGAGCUUGCCCUGCCCAAGUUUUUCGUCGGUCGCUACAAAACGCCACCACUGCUGCUACUCGAUUAUCACCGGAGGUUGUUUAAUUACUUCUUCAUGAAACAACUGCUCUCAAAAUAUUCCUUUUCUAAAAUGCAAAACUUCAUGCGCUAUCAACCAGGUAGCGAUACUUCAUUUGACGAUCACAUCAAAAGCAAUAACAAUAUUUGUUUGAACACCGAUUGUUAUGAUAAAAUAUGCAGCACCAAUUUUCUUACCAGUUUGAGUAAUAAGAGUGGCAGCAGCAAUAGCAACAGUAGCAGUGGCAGCAGCAGCAGUAGCAGCAGAAGUGUUGAUGUUAGCAGAAGCGAUGGCUGUGAGAGACGUUUGAGCUGUGGGAGUGCUGACUACUUUUAUGAGUCCUACAUUUCAACAUCAAACAACCAGAAGAACGUUGCUCGGGUCAGCGGAGGGGAUGAACAUUUUCGCGGUAUUGAUGUUAAUGAAGAUGUUUGUUUCAAAAUCAAAAGCGAAAAUGAUGACGAUGACGACGACGAGAUGAAUUUCAACCUUUUAAGUUGCAACAACUUCAGAACAUUCAUCAACAACCAUUUUGAGAACGGUUGUUAUGAUGAGCAGAUAAAUUCUAAUAAAAGCAAUUACAACAACUGCAACUACGUCGUCGACAGCCACACUGAGAACAGCUACACCGGCAAGAGUAACAGCAAGCACUCAAAUAACGACAACGACACUACUGCUAGAAACAACAACCUGUCUCCUCGACUGAUCAACAACUGCAUGCCACGAAAUCAAGCGAACAUCGUUCACGCCAAACUAAAGUACACCCAACAGCAACAGCAGCAGCAGCAUUUCUUCGAACUUUUGAAUCAACAGUACCUGCAGCAACAUCAAUGUCAAAAUUUAAAAAUGCAACAAAAGAAGCCGAACUACAAUCAUCAAUCACAUCAACACUGUCAGAAACAUUUAAAUCAACUCAGUCCAAACCACAACAACAACAACCACUACCAUCACCCAAUCAUUAGAUACAACAAAACGAUGUCACACAAAACUACAAAAACCCGUAAUCACGUGACUUCCGGAUGCAAUGUCAUCCUCAACGGUGACGUAAUUUUUGGAAAUGGUCACAUGAUGUACCAACGGCGGAGACCACAAAAAAAGAUUCCUAAAUUUUUGCUGGACACAAAUACGAAGAAGAUACUGGCGUGCGGCUACUGCCACUACAUCACCGACCGCAAGAACAACCUGAAGAGACACAUACUGGCCAUGCAUAAGAACGUCAAAUUCAGCGCUACACCAUUGAUGUCAACGUCACCCUUCAUUGGCCACCCGACGUCAUGGUCGAUGAUGUCUUCAAGGAUGGAAAGCCGAAAUUUGUAUCAAUGA